AUGGCUCCCAAUUUCUUUGUUGCGUCUGUUCUCCUCCUACAGCUUGCGGCAAUCGCCUUCUCCAUACGCUUGCCAUAUUAUCCACCACGGCCGGAUAAGGGUAUUCCAGGAGGUCCGGCGCUUGGACUUCCGGGAGGACCGGCAGCGGGGAUUCCUACGCAGCAAGAGGGUCCGGCGGGAGGAAGUACUACUGCACCUGGGGCAGCAGUAGGAGGAGCCAACAGCGGGAAGAAGUGGUGCAUUGGGAAGAAAGAUAUUUUGACAAGCCUUUUGAAGACUGCCUUUGAUGAGAUUUGCAAAGAGGUCGAUUGCUCGCCCACAGGACCAACAGGAAUAUGCUAUGAUGAAUCCAUUUGGUCCAAGGCUUCCUACGCCAUGAAUCUCAAAUAUCAAAAGAAUGGCCAAAAGGAUUCUGACUGUGAUAACCAAGGAACGUCACAUAUCGUCACCAUCGACCCUAGCUGGGGAAAAUGCGUGUUGAUCUCUUCUUAA